CACUCUCUCUUUCUCUCCUUUAACUUUUCACCGCCUCCCACAGCAUCUUCCAUUUUUUUAUUCCACCUCAAAAGUAGAUAAUUAUAUCAAAUAUAAAAUAAAAAAACAUGCAUAUGAAGAGAGAGAAAUCCCAUCUUUGUUGCACAUAUCAUCACUUCCUUUUGUUUAGGGUUGAAGCCAUAUAUAUAACUAACAACAAACCUAUCUUCCCAUAUUCUCUAAGCCUAAGUUCUUCUCUUUGUAAGUUUCUUAUAUUCUAAAUUUGAAUCAAACAAAUUUAACAUGUUAACAAAAAUGAAUGAAGUAGAACUCUCAAAUGUUAAUUUCCUUCAAAAUUCAACUACUAGUGCUUCCAUUAAUCCUCCUCCUUUGAAGAGAAAAAGAAACCUCCCCGGAAAUCCAGAUCCUGAAGCUGAAGUUAUCGCUUUAUCGCCGAAGACUUUAAUGGCAACAAACAGAUUCUUGUGUGAAACAUGUGGGAAGGGUUUUCAAAGAGAUCAGAAUCUACAACUACAUCGACGCGGACAUAAUCUUCCAUGGAAGCUUAAGCAGAGAACAAACAAGGAAAUAAAGAAGAGAGUUUAUGUCUGUCCUGAGAAGAGUUGUGUUCAUCAUGAUCCUUCAAGAGCACUUGGUGACUUAACUGGGAUAAAAAAGCACUUUUGUAGAAAGCACGGUGAAAAGAAGUGGAAGUGCGAGAAGUGCUCAAAACGCUAUGCUGUUCAGUCAGAUUGGAAAGCUCAUUCGAAAACAUGUGGUACUAGAGAAUACAAAUGUGACUGUGGAACUAUCUUUUCAAGGAGAGAUAGCUUCAUAACUCAUAGAGCUUUCUGUGAUGCCUUAGCAGAAGAAACAGCAAGGGUAAGUGCAGCCUCAGAAAUAAACCACAACUCAUUAAGGGGUAACAUUGGUAAUAAUUACAACAUAAUGGGAACAUCUUUAGUCCCUAAUAACAUGUCAACUCAUUUUCCUUCAAUUUUCAAAACAAUUUCAUCUCCUGAUCAUCAUCAUCAUGAAACAACAACCAAUCAAACUAGAGGACUCUCCCUUUGGAUGAACCAAACAUCUCAGCCUCAUGACACAAUGAUAACCACCAAUGGAAACAACAAUUUGCAUGAGAUUCAUGUUAAUCAACAUCUUGACUCAUCGUCAAGAGGAUUAAUGUACGGUGGGAUCGAGAAUCCAAACUCGAAUAAUUAUCAGCUGAAUUGGGUUUUUGAAAAUAAACUUCCCUCAAAUUGUAGCCAAGAGUUAAUUACUAGCACAACAACUUCACUUCCACUAGGAAACAAUAAUGUUAAUGUUAAGGAUGUUGCUAUUCAUCAUGAUGCUACUACAAGCCAACAAUUAUCUUCCUUGUAUAGCUCACAACACCAAAUACCAUCACAUCAAACAUCAUCAUCGGCGAACAUGUCAGCUACAGCUUUGUUACAGAAAGCUGCUCAAAUUGGAGUAACCUCGACCGACACAUCAUUCCUUGGAAGCUUAGGUUUGAAAUGCAGUGACAAUAGUAAUAUUGAUGUGAACAAGUUUGGUGGUGCUGGUUUGUAUGGUUCAAGUUCAUUACUCAUUAGUCUUGGAAAUGAGGAAGAUCAUAACACUACUGCAUGUGAUUUCUCACAAAUGCACCCUUCUAAACGUAGACAUGUCCAGAGUGAAGAGAAUGGAGGUGGAGGGCAAACUAGAGAUUUUCUUGGUGUUGGUGUGCAAACCAUUUGUCACCCUUCAUCAAUCAACGGAUGGAUUUGAUUUUAUCAUCAUGUAUAUAUAUUCACUUAUGAAUUAUUAUCUUUUAUUUUUUCCGAAUACAAAUUCUCACUCGUCAAAUCCUCAUUCCUCUGCAUUCACGUAUUCAGCACAUCAGUGGUUGUCUGGUCGUCUGAUGUUGAUCAGACUAUCUAAAAUUUAUUAUGCUUGAAUAAAGACUGUCCGGCGUCUGAUUUUGAUUGAACGGUUAUUGAUGUCUCGAUUUCGUGAAUGCAACAAGGAAUUAAUUAACAAUAAAAAAAAGUUGGAUGAAAUAAAACUGAAGUUGUAGUAUCUGAAAACUUUGCAAGGAGGAAAAGGUGGGAAAUGAGUGCAUGAUGGAGUAUGAAAAGUUUGUUGUUAGAAAAAUAUUGAAGGGCUUAAAGGAGAGAAAGAGAGAUCCAUGCAUAUUCUUUUGAAAGCUGAAAGCUGAUCCCUUUUAAAAAUGGUGGCUUUAUUUUAAUUUUUUUAUAAAGAGAAUGUGAUUGUGGAGUAGUGGGGGCAAAGCAAAGGACAAGUUUGGGAACUCCAUUAUUGAUUACUUUCAUAUCUGUUGUGAUUGUUGUCUUUGUCAAACUGGGCUUAAUUAAAAGAGAAUUUUUUUCAAGUGACAAAAAAAAGAGCAUUAUUCUUUCUAGUACA